AUGGCUUCCUUCUCUUUCUUGGUCCUCUGCAUCGAGGCUUUCCUCAUCCAGAAUGCCUUCGCCCAAUUGACGAGCAUUUAUGGCCGCCCAGAGAUCGAAGUGAACGCUCUUAGCUCGGGAGCUGCUGGCCUCAUCGGUUAUGGCCUUGGCUCCUCUGGCUACGGGCUUGGCGGCGCCAGCGCAAUUGGCUAUGGCAGUGCCAGCGCAAGUGGCAGCGCCAGCGCUGUUGGUUACGGAAGCGCUAGUUCUGGUGGCGCCAAUGCGAUUGGAUUGGGAAGCGCUAACAUUGGUGGCGGAAACUUAAUCGGUCUUGGCAACGCUAAUGCAAUCGGUCUUGGCAGUGCUAAUGCAAUCGGUCUUGGCAGUGCCAAUGCAAUCGGACUUGGCAGCAUCAACGCUGGUGGCUGGUCCGCAGGCAACGUUGGCAGCGGCUUCACUGGCGGAUACGCGCCCUCAGACGUUGCCGCCGUUGCCGCUCUGCCAGUCUCUGGCCCGUACGGCGGUACUGGCUACGGAGAGUUGGCUGUGGGUGGUGAUCUUGGAGCGUAUGGUACUGCCAUCGUGACUGGCCAGCUGCCAGUGCUUGGCGCGGUGUCUUUCAAUGGCAACAUCCCCGCCAGUGGCGUCGUGUCCAUCGCUGGCAACUGCCCCUGUGGUGGCGUGCAGCUGUAA